AUGUUCUCGAUCCGUCUCCGGAUCAUUAUUGUCAGCGUAGACUCUUCCUCGACCGUGGCCGUCGCAUCCACAUUGGCGAACGGUCCCUGGUCUAGCAGGACAGAUGCGAGCGAUUGCUCCCACUCGGCGGCGGUACAUGGCGCGGUCUUCACCCGCAACUUGUCGAUUCGACUGUGCCGCACUGGUGUUGAGAGUCAGAACAAAUAUACCUGCUACCCGUUCCAGAGUAAACAAGGCAGGGGCCCACCCAAAGACGGCCAAAACUUACGCGUUAAAACAUAUGGAGCCACGCCCUCGGUCGCCGCCAAUUUCACAUCAAACGGCCCUGAGCUGGGGAUGGUUGGCGACACGCGGACGAGGACAAAGGACCCUUCCUCGUCAGAGCGGGGAAUCCUCACCACAUGGGGUGACUCUUCGGCCAUAGCGGGCGUUUGA